GAAGCGGGCGCCGUCGCAUCGCCGUGCCUCUCAGUUAGUCAGCGAGUCCCGCGCGGUCCGUCUCUUCCCCUCACCCCUCCCUCCGCCGCCUUGCAUGCCGCGCGCUGCCGCCCCCUGCCGCCUCUACCUGUCCCCAGCCGGCCCCACCUAAGGCCGCCCGCCGCCUCCGCCUCCGCCUCCUCGUCAGGAGCAGCGCCUCCCGUUCUCCCUCUCGUCCCGCCCGCCCGUGGCCGGAGCCCUUGAUGUGGUUCGGGGCCCGGCGGGGAAAAGAUGCCGCCGUCCAAGUCCCGUAAGAUCGCCAUCCUGGGCUACAGGAGCGUCGGGAAAUCAUCGUUGACGAUUCAGUUUGUGGAAGGCCAGUUCGUUGAUUCAUAUGAUCCUACCAUAGAGAACACAUUCACAAAGCUGAUUACAGUAAAUGGGCAGGAAUAUCAUCUUCAAGUAGUUGACACAGCUGGCCAAGAUGAAUACUCAAUAUUUCCUCAGACGUACUCCAUAGACAUUAAUGGAUACAUUCUUGUUUACUCAGUCACAUCAAUAAAAAGUUUUGAAGUGAUUAAAGUUAUCCAUGGCAAGUUAUUGGAUAUGGUGGGAAAAGUCCAGAUCCCCAUUAUGUUGGUUGGAAAUAAAAAGGACCUGCACAUGGAACGGGUGAUCAGCUAUGAAGAAGGGAAAGCUUUAGCAGAAUCCUGGAAUGCAGCUUUCUUGGAAUCUUCUGCUAAAGAAAACCAGACUGCUGUGGACGUCUUCAGAAGGAUAAUUUUGGAGGCAGAGAAAAUUGACGGGGCAUCUUCACAAGGGAAGUCUUCAUGCUCGGUGAUGUGAUUGCCCACCGAAGGCUGAACACUGGGAAUAUGUUCUACCUUAAGAAGCAAACUGCCUGUUCCCCCUCACAGCGAAACUACGCUUUUUCUUCUUCUGUUAACCUGAACAAUAUAAAGUCAGUUGGAGACUUUUCCUUCAGAUUAUGUUAAACUCUGACUCCUGUGCAAAAAAAAAAAAAAGGCUUCACUUCCAUUUUCAAAUUUUAAGCAAUCAUAUUUUCAAUUUAUAUAUUGUAUUUCUUAAUAUUAUGACCAAGAAUUUUACUGGCAUUAAUUUUUCAAUGUAGUUGGGUUAGAAUAAUCAUCCAGAUGAUGCAUAUUGUUACACUACUAUUAACUAGGCUUGAAUAUCGGUGUUUCUUUGUGUUAAAUGUAUACUUGUAAAUAAAAUAGCUGCAAACCUU